GCUGUGCUCUUUUCCUUGCAGAAAUGUCUCCUCAGCGGCCUGUGGCUCCUGUCCCGCCGUUACCCCAUCCCUGCCUUCCCCAGGAGCCUGGACAGGAUCAGCCCUGCCCUGGGCACCCCCCAGUCCAGAUGCUCCUCCUCGGGAGGAAGGAAGGGAUUCAUCUCAGGUUUUGUGGAGAACAUCAAACAGGAAUUAGCCAAAAACAAAGAGAUGAAGGAAAGCAUCAAAAAAUUCCGAGACGAGGCGAAGAAGCUGGAGGAGUCGGACGCGCUGCGGGAAGCGAGGAGGAAAUAUAAAACCAUUGAAUCUGAAACAGUGAAGACCUCAGAAGUGAUUAAAAAGAAACUUGAAGAAAUAACAGGGACGGUUAAAGAGAGCUUGGACGAGGUCAGCAGGAGCGACCUGGGCAGGAAGAUCAAGGAGGGCGUGGAGGAAGCGGCCAAAACGGCCAAACAGUCGGCAGAGUCGGUGACCAGGGGAGGGGAGAAGCUGGGCAGGACUGCAGCCUUCAAAGCCAUCUCCCAGGGAGUGGAAAGCGUUAAGAAGGAAAUAGAUGAGAGCGUUCUGGGACAGACGGGUCCCUACAGACGCCCGGAGCGGCUCCGGAAGCGGACGGAAUAUUCCGGAGAGAGGAUUAAAGAGCAGCGGGUGUUUGAAGCCAAUGAGGAGGCCAUGGGCAUGGUGCUGCAUAAAGACUCCAAGUGGUACCAGCAGUGGAAAGAUUUCAAGGACAACAACGUGGUUUUCAACAGGUUCUUUGAGAUGAAGAUGAAAUACGACGAGAGCGACAACGCCUUCAUCCGAGCGUCGCGCGCCGUCACCGACCGCGUCACCGACCUGCUGGGGGGAUUGUUCUCCAAGACGGAAAUGUCCGAGGUGCUGACGGAGAUCCUCAGGGUGGAUCCCUCCUUUGACAAGGAUCGCUUCCUGAAGCAGUGCGAGCGGGACAUCAUCCCCAACGUCCUGGAGGCUCUGAUCUCCGGAGAGCUCGACAUCCUCAAGGACUGGUGCUAUGAGGCCACCUACAGCCAGCUGGCCCAUCCCAUCCAGCAGGCCAAGGCCCUGGGGCUCCAGUUCCACUCCAGGAUCCUGGACAUCGACAACAUCGACCUGGCCAUGGGGAAGAUGAUGGAGCAGGGCCCGGUGCUGAUCAUCACCUUCCAGGCACAGGUGGUGAUGGUGAUCAAGAACCACAAAGGGGAGGUGGUGGAGGGAGACCCGGACAAGGUGCUGCGGAUGCUCUACGUGUGGGCCCUGUGCCGGGACCAGGACGAGCUGAACCCCUACAUGGCCUGGAGGCUGCUGGACAUCUCCUCCUCCAGCACGGAGCAGGUGCUCUGAGCACGGCCCUGGCCAGGCCUCUGCACGCGGCUCCAGCCCGGAAUCGCCACGGGGAGCAGCCCAGGCCGGGAUCCCGGGACAGCUCCUGCUUAUCCCGGUCCCUGAGGAGUGCGGGAAUGGCUGGGGUGAGCUGUGGCGGUGCUGUGUCCUCGGGAGGCUCCUGGGGUCACACAGGGCUCACUCCCUCCGGGGGCUGCCAGUCUCCCUGCCGUGUCUCGCACUUUCCCAAACCAAAUACAACCAGGACUCUGCACGUGGAGGUGUUGGAUGCUCGGGCUGCUGCUGGGAUGGGGCUGCUGCUGGAAUAGCCAGGGUGGGAUUGGUUUCUCCACGGCUUGGCAGGGGGAACGUUGUUGGUUCUGGCCGCAGCUGCAUCCCUGGGGAGGGCAGAGGCUGUGGGGCAGGACAGGAGGAGCACAGGGGGUGUCUGAGCACUGGGGCUGCUUUGGGAACACUCAAGUUUUCUUUCCUCAUUCCCGGGAGGAAUGCUGUGCUCCUUGCUCAGCUCUCUGGGGCUGCCUGCUCCUCAUCCCUGCACAGAUCCCAGAUCCAGGAGCAGGAACUUCCCCACUUCACUGCUCGUGGGGUGAAAUUCUGCCCAGACCUAAAGAAUGGACUUUGCAAAUCCCAGAUCAUGAAAAGAAUCCCCCAAAUUCAGGUUCCAGUGGCAGCUCAGGACCCUCCUUCCUGAGCUUCCUCCUGGGAAUGCCCAAGGGGGAGCAGGAGCUGCGGGGUCUGGGCUUCUCCUGCAGGAGCUGGGGAGCUGAGCCAGGCCUGACCCCUGUCCAUGGAAAGGGAGGGUGGGAAAAGGUUUGGGAGAGGAAAUCCGAGGAUUGCUGUGGUGCUGAGGGUGAGGCAGGACAGCUCUGCCGUGAUUAAAGAGAAUAAUUCCAGUUCCUC